GCCACCCGCGCGGCAUGUCUGGCCCGCCCCGCCGCCCGCCGCCGCUCACGGCCGGAGUCGGCGCGGUCCGCACCGAGCCCGGCGGUGCCGCGUAGCGCAGCGGCAGCGGAGCGGGAGCCCGACGGCGCGGCCGCAAGGUCACCGCGCGCCAUGGAGGCCAAGGUCCGCCAGAGCCGGCGCUCGCGCGCGCAGCGAGACCGCGGCCGGCGCCGGGAGGCGGCCCGCGACGCCCGCGACCAGAGCGCGUCGUCGGGGGACGAGCCCGAGCCCGGGCCCGGCAAGGAGAACACGGGCCUGCCCCGCGCGCCCCCGCCCCGCGCCGCCGCCGCGCGACCCCCGCGCCGCCGCCGCCGCGAGUCCAGCUCGCAGGAGGAAGAGGUCAUCGAUGGCUUCGCCAUCGCCAGCUUCAGCACGCUGGAGGCCUUGGAGAAGGACAUGGCCCUGAAGCCACACGAGCGGAAGGAGAAGUGGGAACGUCGCCUUGUCAAGAAGCCCCGAGAGUCAGAAAACUGCCCGUCUGCAGAGCCUGGUGAGAACGGGCGGCCCCUGGAGGCAGGCAGCUCCGAGCAGGACCUGGAGCCCCCCUGCGACCGAGGGGAGAAGAAGGCCCCACUGCAGCCCGCCAAGCAGAUGAAGGUCACAGUGUCCAGAGGGGGCGACCACAACAGUGACGGCGACAGCGUCCGAGAAGCCACCAGCUCCCGGAGGAGCAGUUCUCGGGACCAGCUCAGCGACAGCUCGGCGCAGGCGGUCUCAGGCAGAGGUUACUCCUGCGACAGCGAGAGCGACGGAGACGACAAGGCAUCUGUGGGCUCCGAGAAGCUCUUUGCCCCGGCAGCCGAUAAAGGACCCACGCUGGGCGAGAAGUCCGAGGCCAAGGCCGGGGCGGCGCCCAAAGUCUCGGGCCUGGAGCGCAGCCGCGAGCUGAGCACCGAGCCGCCCUUCCUGCCCCCUGUGCGCAGCCCCGCGCCGGUCCUGCCCUCCGCCGGCCCCGCGCCCGGCGCCCCAUCCAGCCCACCCAUCAAGAAGGAAGCCCCGGCCUUGCCCCGCCUCACGCCGCAGCCGCCGCCGCCGCCCGCGCCCCUGCAGACCCGGGCCUCCCUCCCGACGCACGUGCCUCUCCCCCCAGGCGCCUUCCUGGGCCCUGGCGCGGCAGCGCACAACGGCCUGCACAGCCGCAGCAGGAGCAGCAGCGCCAGCAGCGGCGCCAGCCUGGGGCUCGCGAAGCACGCGUCCCUGUCGCCUCACGGGCCGGGCCCCCACCUCUCUACCUCACACUUGGCGCUCCGCUCGCAGGCCCAGCACCAGCACCGCGCGGCGGCCAUGUUCGCCGCGCCCCCGACACUGCCCCCGCCCCCGGCGCUGCCGGCCAACAGCCUGGUCAUCCCAGGACACCCCGCCGAUGCCAGCCUGUUGAUCUCAUUCAGCCAGCCAAUCAUGUAUUGCCAGCCUCAUUCGGGGAUUCUGAUUGGUACUUGGUCACAGGCACCUCUCUUACCUCCACCCUGGGGCCCGCACGUAGCGAGCGGCCACCACGGCUUGGCCUGCCGAAACCGGGAGUGCCAGCAGGUGACUAUCCGCCUCGCCCCGCCGGGAGCCCGCGGCCGACGUGCCUCUCUGUCUCUCUCUUUUUCUCUUGUAGAUCACGAGCUGCUCAGGCAAGAGCUGAACGCGCGUUUUCUGGUCCAGAGCGCCCCCCUGGGCCCGGGAGCUCUGCUGCGGGCGGAGUUCCACCAGCACCAACACACACACCAGCACACACACCAGCACCAACACACAUUCGCCCCCUUCCCUGCCGGGCCGCCCCCGACGCCGCUCCUGCCGCCCGCCGCACCCCCGCCGUUUGACAAGUACACGCCCAAGCUGGACAGUCCCUACUUCCGACAUUCCAACUUUUUCCCGCCCUUCCCUCCAGCCGUCCCAGGACUGCCCGCCCUGCUCCCACACCCAGGUCCCUUUGGAUCCCUGCAGGGUGCUUUUCAGCCCAAGACUUCAAACCCACUCGAGCUAACAGGCCAGGCCAGUGCCGUUCACACCCUCCUACAGAAAGCCCCCGGGGUGUCAGACGCGUACCGGACAGCAGUCAGGAAGCCCGGGAAGUGGUGUGCUGUGCACGUGCAGAUCGCCUGGCAGAUCUACCACCAUCAGCAGAAGGUAAAGAUGCAGCUGGGCCCUCACAAACUGGACGCGGGCGCCAAGCUGGACUUGUUCAGCAGACCCCCAGCCCCAGGUGUGUUCGCCGGAUUCCACUACCCGCAGGACCUGGCCCGGCCCCUCCUCUCCAGCUCAGGUGCUGCCCACCCCACCACCAACCCGUUCGGACCCUCAGCCCAUCCUGGCAGCUUCCUGCCCACUGGUCACUUGACGGACCCUUUCAGCAGAUCAAGCACCUUCGGGGGCCUGGGGAGCCUGGGCAGCAACGCCUUCGGAGGCUUGGGCAGCCACGCGCUGACUCCCGGUGGCGGCCUCUUUGCCCCCAAGGAGGGCCCCACACUGCACGGCCUGCCCAGCCCCCGCGAGGCCUGGAACCGGCUGCACCGGGCGCCGCCCUCAUUCCCCACGCCGCCCCCGUGGCCUAAGCCUGUAGACGCCGAGCGGGUCUCAUCCCUGACCAACCACGACCGAGAGCUGGACAAGAGCAGGGAGGAGCGGGACCUCCAGGAGAAGAUGCGCCUGCCGAGCCGGACCUCGCCCGCGGCUGCCGUGGGCCACCCGGGCAGCGGCCUCCUGCUCCGUGGCCAGGGCGAGCCGGGCCGGCCCGGGGUUCCUGCCGAGCGCGAGGCCGACCCCCGCGUCAAGGAGAGCCGCUCCCCGGCCCGGGAGGACAGCGCCAAGCCCAGCAAGGCGGCCCUGGGGGACGGCCUGCGCCUGGCGGGCCUCCUGGGCCGUGAGUCGGCGAAGCCGCUCGAGGCGGCGGCCGAGCGGCCCCAGAACGACGUGAAGGUCAAGGAGGAGCGCGGGGAGGACGGCGACGCGCCCCCGCAGCCCGGCCCGGGCCCCGCGGGCCGCGAGCGCCCAGCUUUCGCCUGGGAGCCGACGCGGGAGGCCUACCGCGGCCCGGAGCAGCUCCGCCGCGCCCCGCUCGCCCCGGGCCCUGCCGCCCUCCUCGAGCCGCCCGAGCGCCCCUACCGCGACCGCGAGCCGCACGACUACAGCCCCGAGCGCUUGCGGGAGGCGCGCCGCGACGAGCUGGAGCGCGCCCGGGCCGCGCACCUGGACGGCGCGGCGCUGCUGCCCGCGCUGGGCGCCCUGCACUACCCGCGCGCGCCGCCCCCACUGGUGGCCGCAGCCAGGCCCCCCACGCCCCCCGGGCCGCCGCGGAGCAGGACUACGCCGCUCGGGGCCCGCGCGCCCGGCGAGGCCCGCGAUUUCUCCCCGUCGCGCAACCCCCAGGAGGUGGAGGCGCGGUAG